UCUUUCACUCAGUUUGUCCGCUUGCUAUGCAUUGCAUUCUAUUUGGUUUGGAAGCAAUAUCUAAUUCAUUUUUCUUUGUGACAAUGUAAAGUUAUUAUCUUAAUAACACUGGUUCUCAUUUUAUCGAUUGGAUGCAAUCAUAGCUGAAUGUGCAAUCGUAAUCAUGGUACCUGUUGCAAUUGAAGGGUGUACCCAGAGUGCCGAAGGCGGUGGUGCUAGAGGUGGUUCUAUAUCACUCGCGUUAUUGAUUGACUUUAUUGUUCAAAGAACCUACGAUGAACUUACAGUUUUGGCUGAAUUAUUGCCUCGCAAAACAGACAUGGAGCGUAAAAUUGAAAUUUAUAAGUUCAGCGCUCGAACUCGCCAGUUGUUUGUACGUUUGUUGGCCCUGGUUAAGUGGGCAAGUAGUGCUACUAAAGUUGACCGAUCUGCCCAUAUUAUGGCAUUUCUGGACAAACAAGCUCUCCUCUUUGUUGAAACUGCUGAUGUGCUUGCCCGAGUGGCUAGAGAAACACUUGUACAUGCAAGACUUCCAACAUUUCACAUGGCUGCCGCUGUAGAAGUGCUAACUCUAGGAACAUAUAGUCGCCUACCAGCCGUUAUCCGGGAGCGGUUGGUGCCACCCCCUCCACUGACUGCAGUCGAACGUCGCUCCACAUUACGUGCCCUUGCACAUGUGGUUCGACAAAGACUCACCACCGCUUCAUUGCCUAGUGAUGUCAGGAAUUUAAAGGUUGAAAAUGGUAGAGCUACUUUUACAGUAGGUCAAGAAUUCAGUGUAUCGCUCACAGUAAUGGGUGAUGCUCCAAAUCUUCCAUGGAGAUUGUUAGAUAUUGCAAUCUUGAUACAGGAUAAUGAAACUGGAGAGGGUAAACCGUUAGUGCACACUUCUCAACUGGCCUGGCUCCGUGGCGUGGCGCAAGCCCGUCUCGCUGCGGCCGGGUUAAGCGGUGCACUUACAGCAUUACGAUUCUUCUGUCGCUCUUUAUCCCUAGAGUUACUGUACACACAGACAUUGAGGCUAUGUCGUGAUAGACUGUCACGACAUUUGCAGGUCGAUAAAUAUAUACCAGGACAGAAACUACAAGUUUCAUAUUGGAGGGAGUUGGGCUGCGAGCUAGGCUACCGCCUGGUGAUCGGCGCCGAGGGCGAGUCUCUGUGCGUGUGGCACGUGCCGGCGCUGGCGGGCGGCGAGCGCGUGGCGGCCGCGCUCACGCCGCACGCGCCCUCCAUGGAGCGGCUGCUGGCGCACACGGUACACGUGCGCAGUCGCCAGAGGCUCAACGAUCUCAAAGUGCUGCUCAAUGAUCUCGGGGUGGAAUGCAGCGUGGGCGGUUGGCCGUGCGUGUUGGCGUGCUCGGCUCUGUGGCCGUGCCUGCGCGCCGAGCAGCUGCUGGUGUGCGUGGGCGCGCACGCGGGCCGGCUGCGAGCGCGAGUCCCUGCCUACCCCGCCGCGCCGCGCAUGCCUGAACUGGCGGCCGCAUUGGCUGAUACUAAUGUACCGCUCAUCAAAACUCUGUUGACGCAGCUGAGGUUCUGGCUUGUGGCCCGCCGCUGCGAGAAGACGCUGCAGCACCUGCCGGCCAGCGUGUGCGCGCACCUGCCGCUGCUGCACGGGCCCGAGCACGCGCUGCACCGGCUGGCCGCCGACCGCCUCUACGUCACGCUGCACCGACACACCGACCAUAUACUGAUAGUGGAAAUGAAGGAAGUGACCACGAGUACAGGUGCGGCCGGUAGUUCUAACGCCAGCUGUACCGUGUCACUCGCCUUUCACCUUGCCGGGGCACGCCGGGCCACGCCUGACGACUGCGAGGACGAGUCGUCAUCUUCGAGUACGGCUGUAGCUACGACCGCCCCCAACGCCCCGGCUCGUGCCUUCCUGAAGAUCCACUCGCUGGUGGAACUCGACACGUUCACAUUGACACACGGUCCGUUCACACCGCUCGACACGCCAGGGAUGCAGCCAGGCAAGCGCAAGCUGGCCGCGGCCGCGAGCCGCGCGGUGCGCGUGCGCCAGCCCGCCUACUUCCUGCCCGAGCUGGCGCACGUGGUGGCCGCCGCCGACGAGCGCGUGCCCUUCGUCAACCUCGCGCAGGAGUUGGCGGCUCGCGGCGUGUCGCACGGCGGCGUGCAGCCGGAGUGGAGCGGGUCCGCGCUGGCCAUGCGCGUGGUGGCGCUGCCGCGGCCGCCCGCCGCCGCCGCCGCGCCGCACGCCGCGCUGCGCACCCGCCUGCUGGCCGCCACCAUCCGCCUCACUACCAAGAACCAGGCCAGGGUGUGGACGGCGGAGAUAGUCUUCCAUGGCUCGCCUGUGCGCACGCCCAAUCCAAAAGAACAAGGAGAGCGUCGUUGCGUAUACCUGCAGUACGAGUUGGGCACGGACGCGGGUCGCACGGCGGACGCAUUCCUCGCGGACUGGGCCGCUAUCGUGCACCUCCAUACUUUACUACACGACUUCAUGCUGCGACCGGCUCAAGAACGCGAGACGCUAUGGCAAGGCGUGUGCAUCAGAUCGUACACAUAUCGUUCUCUGGUACUCGGGUUUGGGACGUCACAGCGCGCCACUGCGGUGCUGCAGUGGAACGCCGCCACACAGCGCUACACUGUCGCCACGCCCGCCCACCAACCAGCCGCCAACGCCCACCAUCUGCUGCAUCAUCACCUUGACCACUACAUUAAUUGGCACAAAGACUUAAUGUCGCUAGGUGUAGUUCUACGCGAAACAUACGCGCCUCUUUUGGCGCUGUCUCGCUUACCUACUCUACCGCAACUGGGCCUUCAUCACGUGCGCACGCACAUGCCCACGCCCACCUUCACCUUACUGGCCCACUCGUGGAGAAAGAUCCGCGUAAUCUACGCGGGCGCGUACUCCAUAGAGGUGGGCAUCCGCGGCGGCGGCGUGGUGACCAUCCGCGACGGCUCCUACUCAAAGUUCGACCGCAGCGCUGUUGUCGAUGAGUUUGCGCCAGCACAGGGGCUAAAGGCUUUCCUGUCUCGAUAUGUCGAAGAGAAUCUCAGCACGAGAUUAUUGGCCGAAGAUGAUAAUCCGCCUUCGCCGAUGUCUCCAAUGCCACCAGGCGGUCUUCGUUUCCCGGCGCCGCUGACUCCCCCGCAGCCGCACACCCCUCACUCCGCGCCCGUCACCCCGCACCCCGCCUCGCCGGCACAACACCAGAUGGGCAGCGGGUCGUUCAACCUGACUUCCCCACCGGGCGGCGCGGGCGCAGCAGUGUCGGCGUCCCCCGCGUCGCCCCUCGCGCCGUCGCCGCUGGCGGCCGCCGCGUCCCCGCACCCGCCCCCCACCUCGCCCUUCACCACGUGGCCCGCCUCCCCCUCCCUACCGCGACCCUCGCCCGGGCACCAUCCGUCUCCUAGGCACCAUGUGGAUCAUAAAGGCCAAGCCGGCGUCAGCGCCAGCUCAGCCCGCGGCGGGUCCCGGCUGUGGGGCGGCGCCACCGCCACGCCGCUGCCGGUCGGCAAGCUGGAGCUGCUGUGCACGCCCGGCGAGCCGCCCGCCGGCGCGCCGCCCGGCCCGCCGCUCGCGCCGCUGCAGCGGUUCCUGGCCUGUGUCUACAUGAAGAGGACGCUGCUGCGGUUCGUGCAGCAGGAGGAGCAUUUAACAUUGGUGACGGCGGACGCGACGAGCCUGACGUUCCGCAUGGAGGGCGCGGCGCUCGCGGCGCGGGUGUCGCUGCACUCGCAGCACAUGCAGUCACUGCAGCUGCAGCUCACGCCGCUGCCGGAGCACAAGGAGCAGUGGAGCGCGGAUGACAUACAGGUGAUGGAGAAGUUCUUCGAGCAGCGCGUGGCGAUCGCGCCGUACCGGGCGACGGCGCUGCAGGGCUGGGGCCGCGCGUGGGGCGCGCCGAGCGUGGCGCUGCCGUCGCUGGUGUCGCUGAUGCGCGCCGACCUGGGCGGCUGCGCGCCGCCCGCGCUGUGGGCGCUGCAGUGGGCGCUGCGCAUGCCGCCCGCCGCGCCGCAGAUCGUGCCCGCCGGGCAGCCGGCCGUGCUGCUGGCCAAGCAUAAAAUCCUCUUCUUUAUUUGCCUCACCCGUAUGGACACCCAACUGGUUCUGCCGCUGGUGUACGACAUGCAGCAGAACGUGACGCAGCUAGCUGACAAGCGGGACUCGCAGCCACAUCUCAUUGCCGUGGCGCUGCAUCUUAAGAGGUUCAGCGAGUUCAAUCAGUCGUUGUCAGAGUGCACUCUAUGGCCAGCAGUGCGUGACCUGCUCACCAACUUCACUUUACCGCAAGAGGCGCCGCCAACCGCCGCGCCUCCGCCCUCCUAGCAUACCCUCUAUAGGAAAUAAACUCUGCCAUACGUUCACGAGACAGCCUUGCCUUGUCUGACGUGAAUACGGAUUGGAUUUAAAGCUACUUCACAUUUGCGUAGGCGUUGAUAAAUGUAUACGUAGCGCCUACACCGUGCUAACGCCGCGUUCAAGCAACUGCCGAAGAAACGCAGCAACUGCGACUGCGUCUACUCCGCUGGACAAACGUUGGUGUGAAGCCGCUCUUAGUAAGAGUGGGUUCGGUAAUCGAUCAGUACGAAAAGGUCACGUACGUCAGACGCAACAAACCCACUUUGAAUAAAAAUUUAGCACUAGGUAAAACGGUAAUCUACAUUCUUGUAUAAAUUGAACGAACAGCUCUUGUACAGAUAAGAAAGUUAGAAUUACACGUACUGACUUUUCACGUGUUAAUUAUGUAAACAGUUAUCCAAUAUCAGAGUAUCAGAGAGAUUAUUAUCAUUUCUUUAAUUUUAAUUUUAUUUUAUUUGGAUCUAAAAUAGCAAAAUGAAGAAGGAAGAAUGGUUAUUUUUUAUUUGGGAUCUUGAAAAAUAUGAAAUGUUACCCUGUCACCAAGAAAUCCUGGUGAUUUGUAAAUAUUUUAAAUUAUACAUAAGCGUAUGUACGUAAUGUAUAUAGAAAAGUUAAUUAGAUGUGACCUCUUGGGCAUGCUAACUUUUUGAAUAUUGCGAAAACUAAUCGGAUAUUUUUGAAAUUUGGUAACGUAGUCUAUAAUUUCUGUUCGACAUUUAGAAUCUUUAAGAGUAAAUAAUUUAAUAAAUGUAGACUUUUCAUUCUUAGUAUUUUGGUUUUUCGAUGUCAUGUUUCACUUAAGAAUAUUCGUGUACAUAAUAAUAUAUUAAAUAUUCUUUUACCUUGUAAGAAGUACGUACGUAGUAAAGCAAUACUUAUAAUCGAUAUUCUUAUUUAAUAAAAAGUCUCAUUUCUA